CAUGUUUUUUUUUUUUUUAAAGUAAGUCUAACUAAUUCAAUUUUACACUGUAUGUCGCCUAUGCCACAGACUGGCCCUGUUCUUAUUACAUCUAUGUUUUUCUCUAACAUUUCUUCCUCAGAAAUGGAGCAAACUCUAUAUUUCAUUCUUCUUCUUAUUGCUCUCUGCUCCGUAUCUGAAUGUGUUCAGCGUCAGUAUCACUUUAUAAACAUGACGAAGAACUGGACUGAAGCUCAGAGAUACUGCAGAGAGAAUUACACAGAUCUGGCCACCGUUGACAACAUGAACGACAUGAACGAGCUGAAGAAGAGUGUGAAUGGUGUACUUAUCUGGAUUGGGCUGCAGAAGACGGGUGUUUAUAAAUGGCAGUGGUCUUCAGGUGAUCCUGCGCUCUAUCAGAACUGGGCUCCUGGACAACCUGAUGGUGUAGGUGAUUGUGGCUUGAUGCUGAAUGGACAAUGGCAUGAUUUCUCAUGCAGUAAUGCCCUAACUUUCAUCUGCAACAACAUGAGCACAGGACUCGUCUUUGUCAAUCAGGCGAUGAAUUGGAGAGACGCUCAGAGUUACUGCAGACAGAAUCACAUUGAUCUGGUCAGUGUGAGGAACCAGAAUGAGAGUCAACAGCUUCAGCAGUUCAUCAAUGAUAAUCACAUAUCUGGAUCACAUGUCUGGUUCGGCCUGUUCAAAGACUCAUGGCAGUGGUCAGAUCAGAGUAACUCCUCAUUCAGAUACUGGAAGUCUGGUGAACCUAAUAAUGUUGGAGGUAAUGAAAACUGUGCAUUGAUCGAACAGAACGCUCAGGGACAAUGGCAUGACAUCUCUUGCAACAACCAAUUUACUUUUGUGUGUCAUGAAGAUAAACUGAUUCUGAUCAAAGAGAAUCUGACGUGGUCUGAAGCUCUGAGAUACUGCAGACAGAAUCAUGUGGAUCUGGUCUCGGUUCAUUCAGAAGAGAUGCAGCGUGAGGUGAUGAAUGUGGUUAAACGGGCGUCUACUGAGGCGGUGUGGUUGGGUUUACGUCAAUCCCGCAUUUUGUGCAUCUGGUUCUGGGUGCUUGGAGAGACUGUGUGUCAUCAGAACUGGGCAAAUGACACAUCAGAGGACUGUGAGUCUGCAGCGACAUCUGGAGCAGUUCAGUGUGGAGGUGAUCAGCGCUGGAUCAGCUUUCCUGAGACUGAGAAACUCAACUUUAUCUGCAGCAAUUAUGAAUGAAAGGAUAGACACAUCUUUCAUAUAAGAUAAUAAAAUGCUCGUGUUCACUUCCUUUAGCUUCAUUUUCAUUCAUCACUUGAUUUGUAAAGUAAUAAUUUUACACAUAAUAAUUUCAACCUCAGCAGGCAGUUUUAUCUGAAGGUAGUGAUGGGCGCUUUCGAAACGCAGCUUGUGAAGCUUUGAAACAUUUGGGAAUCUUGUAUUGAACCAGUGAUUUGGAGUGUGAAUCAAACUGCCAAAGUCAUGUGAUUUAGUUAAACUAGGCUUCAUUACGCCAUAACUGUUUUGAAUGACAAAUUUGUAUAAUAAAAAGGAAGAGUUGUAAUUAAUACCCUCUUACUGACCUGAUUAACCAAGCUCUCCAUAAACAAAAAAAAAAAAAGCCAUUAAAUUUAGUAAAAUAGCAUAUACAGACACUUCAUAUUUAAUUGUAUUAGAUGAUUUGUUAAUUGUAUUGAAUAGUUUGCACAUUCAAUAAAACUAUCAUAACUGGUUUGUAAAAGGUG